AUGUCUCGCCCUGAGGAUACCCUAUAUGCCGAUCUCCAUUAUGACGACCGGGAGGCAAAGAAGUAUACCUCUUCGUCGCGAAUCCGCAAGAUUCAGUCAGACAUGACCCACCGGGCACUCGAACUCCUUGACCUCCAAUCCCCAUCCCUCAUUUUGGACGUCGGUUGUGGCUCCGGUUUAUCGGGUGAGAUCCUUUCACAGGCUGGGCAUACGUGGAUUGGCAUGGACAUUGCUCCCAGUAUGCUCGACCUUGCCCUGCAGCGGGAAGAUGAGGGUGUCCUUAGCCUAAUGUUGGCCGACAUCGGGCAAGGGGUCCCCUUUCGACCCGGGACGUUCGAUGCAGCCAUCAGUAUAAGUGCAAUUCAAUGGCUCUGCAAUGCAGAAUCAAGCGAUGUUAGCGCCGAGGGUCGGUUGCGGCGGUUUUUCGAGGGUCUCUACGCUAGCCUUCGACGCGGAGGCCGCGCAGUCUGUCAAUUUUACCCCAAAAAUGAUGCUCAGCGGAGCAUGAUCAGUGGAGCCGCAAUGAAAGCUGGGUUCGGGGCUGGUAUCCUCGAAGAUGAUCCCGGCACAAAGAACAGCAAGUUGUACCUCGUACUCACUGUCGGUGGCGGAGGUCUCCAGGGCGAUAUCACAGGGAUUGUCAAUGGCAUGAGUGAUGUGGACGUGCUCGAUGCUAGAAAGACAGCGUUGGGGAAAGGGAGACCACUGUCUUACCGAAAAGGUGAUAAGGCUUGGAUUUUGCGUAAGAAAGAACAAAUGACCAGGAAGGGCAAGGUGGUCAAAGCAGAUUCCAAAUACACUGGCAGAAAACGGCGCCCUGCAUUCUGA